AUAUUUUCUCAUCACGAUGGAUAUAAAAAUAUACGUAGAAAUUCUAUCGACUUUAUGAUAUAAAUUUUAUGAUAACCUCAAUUUAAUUUUCAUCUAUGAUUGUGUACUUACAAAGCUGAUAAUUUUUUUAAUUCUAAUGUGUAUUACUCUUCUUAUCAACAUAGUCAAUAUUAAAUAAACAUCUGAUUGUGUGGCAUAUGAAGAAAACAGUUAAGUUCACAAUCAUUUAAGUGUAUAAUAUGUAAUAAUUAUUCCAAUGUAUAAUAUUUUAACUCAGAAACUGUUUCGCGUUACCAAGGCAUCGAUAAAACGAGACUUCUUAUGGUAUCAAACGAUUAUAUCUCGAUACAUUUUAUACUCUUAUUGGAGUAAAUGUAAUACAAAAUAUAUUGCAAAUAUGUCUAUAAAAUGCUUUCAAGGGCACAAGGACAUCUAUAACGGUGUAACUAUACAUUCCAUUGAAGAACCUUGUCCCAUCACAGUGUUUUCCCAAUGUUUACAAGCUUCCUUAAAUAUCUGGUCAGAACAAAAGAAACGGACAAUAUGGUUUCAUGUGCACUUGUCGCACUCCGAAUGGAUACCAAUUUUAGUACAAAAAGGUUUCAAAUUUCAUCAUGCACGAGAAGAAUAUGUUAUGUUAUAUAACUGGUUGAACAAAGAAAUAGUUUGUAAUAUUCCACCUUAUGCUCAUACAAAUUUAGGUGUAGGAGCAUUUGUUUAUAAUGAAAAAACUUCAGAAAUUUUAGUUGUGAAGGAAAAAAAUUACAUAGGAAAUCAGUUUUGGAAACUACCAGGUGGUUAUGUCGAGCCAGGAGAAAAUAUAGAUGAAGCUGCACAAAGGGAAGUGUUAGAAGAAACAGGUGUUCAAACAAUGUUCAAAUGUCUUGUAACUUUUAGACAUGCACAUAAUGCUGCUUUCAAUUGUUCUGAUAUAUAUAUGGUAGCUUACUUAACGCCUAAUACUUUUGACAUUAUAAAGUGUCAAGUAGAGAUUACUGAAUGUCGAUGGAUAAAGAUUGAUGAGUUUUUACAACAUCCAGAAGUACAUGAAACUAAUCGUAUAUUUGCUAAAAAAAUGAUUGAAUUUUUGAAGAAUCCCAUAGGGAUUACUGCAGAACAUGGAACGCAUCCAAUUACUAAAAAACCUAUUUGUAUAUAUAGCAUAUUAAUGAAUAAAAACAUAUGUGAAUGUAAAAAAUAAAUUAAUUAUAUAAUAUCAUGACAGAAUA